AAUGUUACCUUCUUGGAAAGCUAUUGUGGGCUCAGUCAUCACGCCAAAAAAAGUAAAAAUAAAUAAAUAAAUAAUCAUAAUUCAUAGGGAAAGUUCAAAGUCUUCUUCUUCCUUGCCCUUCACUCUUUUCCUUUCUGUGGUUAUCUCUCAAAACCCCAAAGUCCUCUUAUCAACUUAUGCUUUGAUCUGUGCCUUAUUUAACUGAAGCUGCUUUGAGAUGGAGGACGGCAAGAUGUCUGAGGAUAUUUUGACUUCAGCUGCGGCAUUUGUUGAAGGUGGAAUUCAGGAUGCCUGCGAUGAUGCCUGCAGCAUAUGUCUUGAAGCAUUUUGUGACAGUGAUCCUUCUACGGUGACUGGUUGCAAGCAUGAGUUCCAUCUUCAAUGUAUUCUUGAAUGGUGUCAGCGAAGCUCCCAGUGCCCCAUGUGUUGGCAGGCUCUCAGCUUGAAAGACCCUAACAACCAGGAAUUGUUGGAUGCAGUAGAGCACGAGAGAAACAUCAGGAUGAAUCCUCCUAGAAACACCACAAUCUUUCACCAUCCAACUCUAGGAGAUUUUGAAUUACAGCAUUUACCUGUAAGUGCAACUGAUUCUGAACUUGAAGAGCGUAUCUUUCAGCACUUAGCUGCUGCCGCUGCCAUGGGAAGGACACGCCACCUUGCCAGAAGGGAAGGUCAGCGAGGUAGGUCAUCAGGUCAAGGUCGUCCCCACUUUCUGGUGUUUUCAACUCAUCCAAAUGCUCCUCCUGCUGCUGCUGCUGCUUCAUCUUCUACUCAAAGGAGUGGGGGUGGACCCACUCCUGCAGUCUUGGUUUCUGGUCAGGAUUCUCCAAUUGUUGCUGUCGGAGAAGGUUCUGGACAACUAGUCACUCAACCAUCUUCUUUUCAAGCUGAUCAGGUUUCUGCCUCUGGGUCAGGAUCAAAUGCUGCUGUUAAUCAACUUGGGACUUCGUCAAAUGAUAGGUGUGUUUAUUUGUCAAGCUUGGUUGAGAGCCUUCUCGUGGAUUUUUCCCUUUUUGAUAGCUAUAUCAUUUUUCUUAAUUCNAUAAAGUCUCGACUUAGUGCAAUGUCAAUGAGAUACAAAGAAUCUUUAACGAAGAGUUCAAGGGGUUGGAAGGAGAAAUUUUUCUCUCGCAACAGUUCGACAUCAGACCAUGGUCUGGAAUCUAGGAAUGAAGUCAGUGCAGCUGUUGCCACUGUAUCACACCUGAUGGAGCAUCUGGAAACCACAGAUAGCAGAGCCAGUUCUGCUGAAUCAAAUAUAUUGGAGGAGACUUUACCUGCUGGACGUGCUGAGCAGCAUAUACCUGAGAUUGAUGAUACCCAUUCUUUAAAUGAGGAUAAUUCCCCAAUGACUUCAGGGCUCUUAGCACCUAGUGCUGCUAGAUUUGAUGAUAGGAGCUGCCUAUUGUAUGUCAAGUGUAUACUGAUUGACACAGAAAAGCGUUGUUGUGUCGAGCAAGUGAACUUCCUGCCAACACCAAUGAUAUAUGGUUUGCAUCUUAUUGGAUAUGUGAGGAUUGUUCUAAAACCAGCUUCCAAAAGAAUAAAAUGUCCAGAGAGGACAGAGUCGUCUGGUCUUCUCUCUGUCAAUCAGCUAAGAAUGCCACAGCACCAUUUGCAUUACACAGCUGGUCACCAAAAGUACAGAGACAGAGAAGCUACAUACUGGAAGCAGACUGCAUCAGGAUAG